AUGCAGGCACCGUCUAACUUAACACCGGCCCGCGCACCUAUUCUGUGCCUGGUGUGUACUGCCACUGCGUGUGGUAGCCAGCUCAUUGCCACCAUCAAUGUUACGCUAGACACUACACUGGCCGAGGUGCGGGCAGUGUUGGUCUCGCUGGCAACGGGCGGCGACGGGGGGCCGGCAGCGGUGAAACAGGCGCCGAUAAAUGUCUCUGCCCAGCAGGCGCACACUAUCGUCUCCUCUCCACUGCACCCCUUCAACUUCACGGAGACGUUUAGCUUUGUGCAUUGUGGUGGCUGCCGCGCCUACGCGCGUCGAAAGGAGGCCUCACUUCAUGUAGAGGAUGUUCUGCCGCGCUAUCCGCGUUUUGGUGUGCCGCCAGCGAGCCUACCGUCAAGCGAAGGACUUUCUUCAAGCACUGCGGUGCUCGGCACUGUGACACCAGGGAGCAGGGGACGUGUGUGCUCGAGCAGCUGCACGCAGUGGCUCCCCAACGCGGCCCCGCCGCUUGCGGUGGUAGCAUACCCGCGUCAACAAAAGCGACACCGGCAUCACCACCAUCACUCUCACAACCAGACGGAGGAGGAAGUCAUGUCCAAGUUGGACGGAGCUCACAUGCCACAGCAGAAGCGUUAUGCUCUGGCAGCCCUCUUCGUCACCCCAGGCGACAGUGCUGAGGGCGGGCUCUGUGCAGAGCGCGUUGUGGCCGAGCGUCUUCAGCUGCAGCUUCCCGACCCACUACGCCCCUUGGGGGCUGUCGCCAGCGGUGCAGGACUCUUCUCUCCCGCCACACUCGCCGCCAACUAUGGACGACCGUUUCACGUGGAGACGUGGUGUUCUGGCGUCACUCGGUGGAACGGCAACACAGAGGAUUUCCUCGGUCGCACGCUGCUGCAGGAGGCGGCACAGGUGGGGAACGAGGCUGCCGUCCACUACCUGGUGUCGCAGCCGUACAUCGUCGUGGACGCGGUCGAGCGACAGUCGGGGUGCACCGCGCUGCAACUCGCUGUGCUGGGCAAUCACGUGGGUGUUGUGAAGGUGCUGCUCGAGGAAGGUGGCGCUAACCCACUUAUUCCCAACCACGCUGGUGACACCCCACUCCAUGUCGCCUUGGAGAACCGCCGCGCGGUGUUGGUGGGACUUCUGUGCGCUCGUCUGCGCGCGCUUCAGGUGCCGCCCGCGGCGCUAAAGGAGGAGCUUAUGCGCAACAAAAUUGGCUACACCCCAGUGGAGCUGUUUCACUUGUACUCCCCCUCCCUUGGCGACCUUUGCCGAGAUGGGGCGAGCCUGCUGGCGGUGAAGUCGCUGGUGCACCACUACUUCUUCUUCCCCGACGAGGUGACGGCGCGUGAUGCGUUUUCUGGCCAAAGCGUCCUGCACGCUGCCGCUGCUGGUUCCGGCGUGGAUGUCGUGCGGUACAUCGCAGAGGACCUAGGCCUUGCCGCAUCUCUUUCGGUACCUGGCGGCCCAUACGCAGAGCUCUUGUGCGACUACCGUCGGCAGACGCCGCUUCAUGUAGCCGCCGCCAGAGGCGAGCCGGCGUGCAUGCAGUACCUCCUUCACAACCUGCCAGCUUCAUGCCUGAUGCAGCCCGACGUGAACGGCAGCACGCCUCUCCUGUUGGCGAUGAAGGCGCGGCGAUGGCGUGUGGUGGAGCUGUUGCUGGCGCAAUGUCCGCCUGGAACCCUUGCCGCCGCUCUGCAGGACCGCAACGGGCUUUCCGCGUUGCACCUUGCGUGUGGCCUUGGCAUGACCCGCGUGGCAGCCACCCUUUUGCAGCAUCACGGCGCCGUCGCAACGCAGAGCACCAUCGUGGGAAGACCCUCCUCCUUCACGCCUUCUAUGGGUGCUGAUGUGCAAUGGGGGCCUCACUGGGAAAACAUUGCCCUCGUGCGGCACAGUGCCCUGCACGGCCGGCUGCGCAAGCUCGAGGCGCGUGAGAUCAAGCGCCAGGUGCAGCGGCAGCAGCGGGGCACCAGUGCAAUUGGCUCCCUGACUGAGAGCAACGGACGCAGAUAUUGCCCACUCGCCGAGGACGCCGAUCCAGUUUCAGCUGUCAAGGCUGCUCAACAGUACCCAUACGGUGGCGCGCGGCGCGGCUACACUCCACUGCGGUGCGCCAUUCUCUAUGCCGUACAGAGAGGCAGUGGUGCAACCACUGUGCCGGUGGACCUUCUCCGACUUCUCUGCGAGUACGGCGCGCUAACAGCCGAGACAGCCGAAGACACUCGUGACCUUCUCUUCUACCUUCUCACCCACAGGUCUGAUGCCGCUGCAGCGACACUGUUGGCCUGGGUGACGGAGUGCUGUGCAAGUGCGGUUGCGGUGCUGCAGCGUGACAACGCUCUCCUGUGCCGUUUCUGCGCCCUAGGCGAGGCCGUCGGCGUGCGCUGGUGCGUCGAGAAGCAGCUGUGCGAUGUGCAGUCCAAGUCUGUGAAUCCGCUCGUGGCCUGCGCUGCUGCUGGGGAUGCAGCCGCUGCGGCUUUUUUAAUUCAGUGUGCCGGCGCAGACGUGAACGCCAUUGUGGGGCAUGAGUCUGCCCUCGCAGUGGCGCUGCGGGAGGGCCAUGACGAGGUGGCACAGGUCCUCAUCCUCAACCAGGCAGUUCUCUCUUCUCGGGACGGCUCGUGGACUGCGCUUCAGCAAGCGACGAGCUCUAACUUGGAGAGCGUGGUUCGCGGCCUUCUGGGAUCUCGUGCUACCGACCCACUCGACGUGUCGCGCGUUCUUCUUCGCACGCUGCAAGGACUCCUAUAUGCAAAGCCGUCGCGGAGGCGCGAAGGGUCUCGUGUGGCGUCAUACCUUGCUCGUGCCUAUGACCCGCUCAUCUCUGAGGUGCACCCGACCGAGCUGCUGCACUUGUCUGCCGCGAUGGGGUGCUUUGACGUUACGCUUACUCUCGCGGAGCGCCUACAGGCACUACCGAAGACGGUGUGGGCAGAGCUGCUGGCAACUGCGCCCCCACCGCCGUCUCGCCCAACGACACUAAUUGAGCCCACUUUGGUGCCUCUCACCAUCAAAUUCCCAAGACUGCUGCCGAACCGUCUAACUGACCGUGGUGGCCUCUAUCGCCCACCAAAUCCAUUCCACCGACUUGUCGUGCCCACUGUUCGGCGAGCCGUCCUCGUGACGCUGCUGCACCGGGUGAAAGUGCGCGAUGUGUACAGCUACGCUGUGGAGGCAGGCCAGAUCGAUCUAGUGUACUUGCUGCGGUGUGGCCUUCACCUGCCGCCGUGGCCGCUGCGCGACGUGCGGGGGUGGACGGUGACAGACUACGCGAUGACACGCCACAGUCGUAGCAGGGCGUCUCUUGUGGCGCUCUUCGUUGCCGCCGGCAUCGCGCCUGCAACGCGGCACGGGCGGCGCAUGCUGCACAGCAGCGGAGAUGGCUCGCUGGUGGCGGCGGUGCACUACGCACAGCAACAGCGCUGGAAGGCAGAGGCAGCUUUGCCGCAUCUAGCCAAAGCUGUGAGUGUUGCUGAGGAGGAGGAGGGGCAUACCGGAGCGCACGCCGCCGCGUUAGCGCUGGAGCUGGUAGCCGACACCCUCUCCUGCCUCGUCGAAGCACCCGCAGAACGGGGAGUUAGUGACGGAGGUGUUGCAAUGGUGCGCUACAUCCUGGACGCCUUUGUAGAGGCCCGUCAUCUGAGUGACUUCCGCCACGUCCAGUGUGCGUGGCUCGGUCGUGUUGUGGUGGCCUGCGCUGCGGCGGGGCGGUUGGAUGUGCUGCGGCUUCUCAGGGAGCACUACAGCAUAGACCUAGCGCAAAACUGGUCCCACAGCACUUCGGGGUCUCCGCCGAGUGUGUCUGGCACGCACCCGACGCCGCUUCUCAUGGCAGUGCACCAGCGUCACAGCGACGUUGUCGUGUACCUUCUCAAGGCCGGAUGUGCCGUGCACGAGCGCAGCUGCCCCAGCGCUGCGAUGGCCACGCACAUCUCGCUGAAGGGCAUCCGCACCUUGCUAAUCAGUCCACUUUGCUUGGCGGCGUGGAAGCGCGACUACGUGCUGCUGCGCCUGUUGUUGGCGGCUUCUCCACCGCUCCGGCCGAAGGAUACGGAGGAGGAGGCUGGACGCAGCGUCGGCGAUGUACUGCGUGGGCUGGUGCUGAGUGCGCGUCCUGGCAUGCAACAUGAGGCAGAGGUGGCGCUGGCCGACUGCGUUCGCGCACUCGCGACGGCUGGCCACCCGCUUCGGUUUGCUGGCACGGUGCGUGUCGCUGCAGCGAAGGGGUUAGUGCAGGUCGCGCAGGCACUCGUUGAGUGCUACGGCAGUGCCGCCCUUCUGGCCGACUUAGCUGUCUCCCUCGACGGCGGCGACGCCGAGGCAGAUGAGGAUGCAGAGGACACCACCACGCCACGCGCUCGAGGGCAGCUGACCGCCCUCGCCUACUUUGCCGCAGACACGCGCCUUGUGCCCGUGCUUCGCUCCCUGUUGGUGGAGCGGAUGGUGGAUGAGUAUCGGCUGGAGUCGUGGCGGCUGACCAUGCUGGCUGCCACGUUGCAGGCAUUGUGCCACAAGGGUGGCCGGCGUGGCGCGCGCGUGACGGCGGCGGCAGUGGACUACGCACUGUGGCGUGGGUGUGCUGAGGGCGCGGUCGUGUUGCUGGCUCUCGGUCUUGUAGGGCGUGGUGUGGCGCCGGCUCCACGUUCGUCAUGUGCUGCAGGCAGCACUGCUGCGGCAAUCUCUGCGAAGGCAUUCUCCUUGUGUCUGCGCUUCGCCCGCGUCCUUCGGCUGUGGCACAAGCGAUGCAGGCAGUACAAGUCCUACACAGUGCUGCACAGCGCCGCGGAACUCGGCUAUGGGGACGUAGUAGGCGCUCUAACGGCGGAGAUGAUGGGGCUCCACUUACCCGUAGUGGACUCUGACGGCAGCGAGUCUGCGUUCUCGUCCUCGAACAUCCGCGCUACGGUGUCCGCGCCGUCACUCUACGCCCUAGCCGCAACCCACGUGGAUGGUUGGAGGUGGUUUCCGUACUUUGAGCGCGUCGAACUUGUGCUCGACCCUCGAUCUCUCUAUAUUGCGGCCCGCGAUAUGUUUGCGCUGAUCUUGAGCGGCUUUGGGGUGUCGCAGGCGGUGGACCGGGUGUGCCGUCGCGCGGCCCAGCACAAGCUCUUGGGCGACGUCUUCAGCGUCUUCGACAGUACUGGGAUUUCGCCUGCCGCGAAUACUAGUUUGGGUCACGUGAAUAGCUCUGAUGCCCUGGAUGCGGUGACGGACAUCGGUGACGCGCCUGCAGCAACGCGCGGGUGUGCGGUCUCGGCGUUGUUUAUUUCUCGUCAGUUACAGCUGAGACCGGCAGUCUUUUUCUUGGCUGGGGGGACCUACGUGCUCACGAGCAUGACCUCGCUGACAUGCGCCAUCGCUGCCGGCAGUCUUGAAUGGGUGCAGUACAUCGUUGUGCACGGACCCUCGUUAGUGUACCACCGCGCCACGGCGACCCGACUUUCCACGGCAGCAGACCGGAGGGCAGCUGCAAAGGAACGCCACGCGCAGCUGCAGGCCACAGGAGUCGUUGGUCGUCGACGGCGUCCAUGGCACCCGUGCCAAGGAUCAACGCGCCGUCCGCGGCACCGUCGGCACCACUGCGAGACAGGCCUCGCUCAUGGCAGCAAUGCAAGCGCAGCGCCCGUGCUCAGGACAGAUGCCGUGUGCCGCAUGGACGCCUUGACACUAUGCAUGGCGAUGUUGGCCGAGGUGCACCUGCGUCGCCGAGGCUGUGUUAUGGCAGAGGUGUACGAGGAUAUACUCACUCAUUUGCUCUCCUGGCCCGCUGCCACUCCGCGAAAGGAGACAAUUAAUCUGCUUGCCAUUGCGGCCGCUUCCCUCCGGCGGUGGUCGCUUCUGAUUUCCAUCAUGCAACAGGCGGAUCGCCUUUACGAGGCGGGGCUGAUGGCAGGCAUUGAUGGUCCCCAACAGGAAGCGAAGUGUCGUUCGACACCGCCCCGCUACUUGUUCCCGUUGCUGCCGGAGGAGAUUCCGGCUGUCUUGGCCCGCGUCAUCGGCAGCGCCCGGCACAUCAUGCACGUCGUCGCCCGCUGGGCUCCGAAGGACGUACUCAUCGAGGUGGCUCGUCAUUGUCAGCGCUCCGAUGUGGAGGCGGCUGCAGAUGCGCGGGGCUGCACGAGCGUCUACCACGCGCUGCAGCACCGACAGUCGCUUGCGCUAGAGACGUUUGCGGCUCUUCGAGUGCCGAUGAGCCAGCCGUGCCGCAUGCGGCAAUGUCAGACGCCGCUGAUGGUGGCCGCGGCUUGCGGCCGUGCGUCAUUGGUUACGGCGCUGCUUAGGCCGGAGCGGGUGAACCAGAGGGACAGGGAGGGCCGCACCGCGCUCAUGCUCGCCGCCGCUCAUGGGCACAAGGCCACCGUGGAGAUACUCCUGGCGGCCAAUGCCGACGUUUCCCUCGGCGACUCGUGCGGCCGCACGGCUGUGAUGCUGGCUGCGUUGGGCGGCUACGACGAUCUCGCCGUGCAACUCGUGCAGAACUUCUGCCAUGCCGGCGACCUGAUGUCCGCGCAAACGUCUGUGCUGCACUGCGCGGCGGUAGGCGGAUGCUGGCGCACCACGGCUGCUGCACUGAAACUGUCAGUGCCACCCGACGCUCAGCUGAUGGGUGGCCACGCCGAAGCGUCCGCGCGGCUUGCGCUACGCGAGGACGUUGACGGGCACACGCCUUUGCACCUCGCGCACGCCUUUGGAAGUGCGCGGGUCCUGCAUGAACUGUUGCAGGCGCUAUUCAGCUUCUGCAGUGAAGGGGAGUCAGCACAAGGGCUGCUGGCACGGCUGAGCACACACGGAGGUGGCGCCAUUGAAAAGCGGAUACUGCUCUGCGACUCUACGCUGCAGCGGUACGGCUGGCUGAGCGGUGUUCUUGAGAUAAACGCGGCUCUGGGAGAGAAGGUGCGCCAAGGGUACGAACAGAGCCCCGCUGCACUUGGGUUGAGAGCGGGGCAGGUGACCUAUCAGCCUGUUGUGCCGUCCCUGCGCAGCGCAGCGUCGCUGCUGCUGUGGUGCGUGCAGGCAGGCAACACGGUUGGUCUGCGUGUGCUCGCCGACUACAACAUCUCAGACGACUGCGGCGUACUACAUGUGGCUGCCGCAAACGGUUGCUUUAAUGUUGUGAAGCUGCUCGUACAGCUGGAGAUGAGCGACCCAUCGGUGCAAGACGUGCGAACGGGCCGCUACGCUUUUGAGUGGGCAGCACUGUACCACCACACGGAGUGUGCCUCCUUCCUUCUCACCCAUACCGUGCUCGACUGCGCCGCGUUGCUUGACCGUUACAUCAGCUCAAAUGACAACGGCGCCAUGGAGGGUGAGGGGGCGCCACCGGCGAGAAACAGUGGGCGGAGGCGAGAGGGCCCGAGCGACAAUGCGCUAGGAGCGGGCGGAUCCAGCUCCGCUGUGUCGUCUGUGGUGCCGCCUCUUCACGUGAUGGCCGGCCACUGCGGUGGCCAGCUGCUGGUACAGUUCGUUGAGGAGACCCUGGACACAGCCGCACGCACGUACGUGGCACCAUCGACCCGUCACGGCGGCGCAAGUAGUGAGCAAAACGGUGCAGAGGUGAUGAGCUUGGUGCUGUAUCGUGCGCUCCAGCGACCAGCUGGGCCGUCACGUCUCACCCCGCUAGAGUAUGCGAUGGCGAUUGGCGACCCUGCGGCGGUCCUGCACACGUUGCAGGUACUGCGGCGUCUUCAGGAGAUAGCUGAUGCGCUGAGGCCGUCGUCCGCACAUUUCGCAUCAAUUGGCUCCACCCGAUUCAGCACCACCGGUGCGUUACAGUGGAGUGGUGGAGAGGGCAUCGUCUCUCGCCAGUCAGGCGAUCAAGUUGCAGCCACCCGCACUGGGGCGGUGUUUGUGUCCAAGUCGUUCCUGAGCUGGGUGCCAGCGCUUAGCCCGGCCGUGCGCACCGUUCUCUUUGAUGUGCUUGGGAUAUGGGAGGUGGCCACCGUCGCAGGCUUCGCUCCGCAGCGCCUUGCGGCACAGGCCUCUCUCACGCCACCGCCCUCAGAGGGCAGUGCCAAGGCAGAUGGUGAGCACGGGCAGCAGCAGCGCGGCAAAGAUGAGGCGGCAGCAAGGAAGGCAACCACGUCUUCUCUCGCGAGCACGCCGCGUGUCCGGUUCGGCGAUGUGCGUCUUCUCGGCAUCCACGCGCUUCAGCAGGACGACUACUGUGCCGAGGUGCUCCACGACUUCUUCACGCCGGAUCAUGAGCGCGAAGUGCUGCGACUGCUCCUGCAGGACUUCCCGUACAAAAUCCGCUACGAGCCAGACUCGUACCAGCAGUGCAGUCUGUCGACUCAGACGCACCUGCUGCGGUGGCUCGGCACGUCCCUGGUGCUCGGCACCUACGAUGUUCCGCCCCCGAGCGGCGUUCUGACGACUUCAUGGGCGACUUCUGUGGGAGUGGAGCGGGGGAAGGUGGCCGACUUUGACUCAAUCGAGAUACAGGUGGUGCUUUACCGCGGCGAGCAAUUUGUCGAGCUCACUGGCACGGCGCUCUCGCACUCCUUGUACUUAUCGACGUCCCAGCAUACACUGGUCGUCCCAGACGUGAUGGCGGCGCUGCCCCGUACGCUGUGCACACAGCGCGAGGUGUGGCUGGCAGAGCUGACCACUUUAAGUGCACGUGCAACGCGACUGCUGCAGCGCCAAGCGCAUCCUGUGAUGCAGCGCAGCACCGUCACCGUGGACUGGAACCUCUCGACGAUGUCGGACGAUGCGGGCGCGAAUGUGUCGGCAGACCUUGAUCGGUACGGCGCUAUCUUUGUGCGUGUCUGCGAUGCGCUGCGCGCGCUUAUGGGCUGGGUGCGUGGCCCGCUGCGGAGUCUUCUUGCCGAGGUGGACGCUACCGAUCUCGCGGCGGUCGUUAUUGGGGUGCGGCAAGGCGGGAUGGCUGGAUUGCAGGUGCGCUUCCGGUACGUCACGGAGGAGCGCGUCGUCACGCGCUUCCCAGCUGCAUCCACUGCGGAGGCAUCCUCCAUGCUGAUGUUCAGCGGGGACGCGUACCCGUCGUGCUGCAUCGAGUUCAAUGAGACCACACAUACAGACGUGGUGCACGCCUGCCAGGCCACCAUUGGGCGGGCCAUUGCCGCGGAUGUGGCCCUGGUGCGGGUUCACCACACGAGGGACCGCUUCUUGCACCUUGUGCGCCGGCUCCUCUCCGCGCCGAAGGGGGUCGCGGUUGUGUCGACUACACUAUCCCGGCAGCUGGAGGUUGCCAAGGAGUGUAUCCAAAGCGCUGCAGCGGACUCGCUGACAUUGCCACUCGGUAGCGCAGAGGCGCUGAACAAGAGCAACCACAAAAGUAGCGCCAGCAGGGUAGCGACGUCGUCGCCGUCGUCAGAAUUGCUUCGGUUCAAGCUGGAGCUGGAGGGCACCACUCUAGACGCAAUGCCGAUACAGGAGCUUGAGCGGCUGCUGCUGGCCGAGACGACGGCGGCGGUCGACGCAGUGGUAUCUCCAUGGCCACACGCGGCGUCUCCGUCGCGAAAGUCGACGGCUGGUGCAGAGACCAAGGUCUACGAUGCAUUCCACUCCGCCGCGAUUCUCAGCGCCGCGCUCGUGCGUCGGCUGCGGUCCGUCCUUGUGCUCUUUACCGCACGCCGUGAGGCGAUGGUCCGGCUCAGCAGCGACAAGCUGAUGCUGUGUUUCACUGCCGACGAGGCCCCGUCCCGAAGCGACAUCGCCGCAGAAAUAACGCGCACGCUGGCGCAAGAGGAGUGCGACGUAUACAGGCGGCGGUUGACGGAGGUUCACGAGAUGAUGACACAGCGGCUGACGGCGUACCUGCCGCAUGCAAAGCUCGUGGUGGACGUGGAGGCGAUGCAGCGGCUUGCCGGCGACGAGGCGCACCUGCUCUCCGCGAUGCGGCUGCUGGUGUAUCAGCAGAGCGAGUGGGUGCUGCAGCGUCUCGUGGAGGGGGUGAGCAUUGGGUGGGACACGGAGCUCGGUGCCGUGGUACGGCGUCAUGUGCGGCAAGUGACCCUCACCUUGGACCCAGGCCUCUACGGCACCUGCUACUUAUCUCCUGAGGGCGUCUUUGCGUACUAUUGCCCCUUGUUGUGCUUGGAGCGGCAGCCGCCUGGUGCGCUCACGCCAUCCUCCCUCCCCUCGUGGCAGUUGCUGAGUCCGCAACACAUUGCGUCACUGCUGCUCAUGCAACUAGCGGUCCGAGAGCCGCAGGUGCUUCAGUUUGUGGAUCUGAAGAGGAGCGUGGCGUGCUGGACCACCGCGCGCCGUAUCCCGCGCCGUAUCCUUCCUGGUAGCCCCGUCCACAUCGAGGUGCAGGCACGCAACUUGUUUAAUCGACCUCUGCGCCGCGGUGGCGAGCGACUUUUACUGAUGGGCGAGGUAGGGGAGCCGCGCGUCGAGGACACCGGUAGGGGGCGGUAUGUGAUUCACUUUGAAGCACCCCAGCGGGCCGGCGAUCAUCGUCUCUUCAUUCUCCUUCACGGGCAACCCAUCGCACAGUCGCCACUGCGGUACACAGUGCGACCAGGUGUGGUGGACCUCGGCCGCACACGCGUGCGUGACAAGUUUAACGCAGUAGUGAUUGGUGUACCCUUCACGGUGCUUCUGCAGCUCCACGACGCCGCCGGCAAUCGACUGCUUGCGGCUCCCAGCGACUUGAGGGUGGCCCGUGCGUCUCCUGCCUCGAUGGUGCAACUGCAGGUGUGGGGGUGGCAAGGGCCUGGCACCAUUGGGGUGACGCUACGGGUGCUGCCCACUGUACCCACCAAGACGACGCUGAUCAUCUCGCUGGCGCUCACUUGCCAGCCGACUGCCGCCGGCGCUGCUGCGAACGGCGCUCUCUGCACGGCUACGGUGUCUCUCCCGGCAUACCUAUGCGUCGAUAGCAAAACCUACCAGCGCAUCUGCCGCGUGCGUCGCGGGCUCAUCGUGAAUAACGACUUACCCACCAGCUGCCCAAACCUGUACACCUAUCCGGGAAUGGCGUCUACUCCCCGCAGAGCACCGUCGCAGCCAUCAAGUCUCUACUUCCGCCAAGCAGUGCGGGGUGCAGCACGCAAGGAGCUUGCAAGAGAGGCAGCCACACUGGGUGACGCUCUGAACUAUCGCUAUCCACGCAACGCCGCCAUGAAGGAGCUCGAGAUGAGCACCAAGUCAGCGGCAGCGAAGAAGCCAGGUGGUGCAAGGACGUGCAAAGCGCCCGUCUCCGACACCGGCAGCGCGACUGUGUCACCCACGUAUACCUGA